AUGGCCACCCUCACUUAUGCAACGACACGUCGACAGAAGAGUCGCUUGUUCGAUCAUGACCGCUUCAGGUUCACUCCCGUGGCGACAUCGAAGAAGCCAACCCGGCUCUGGGACCGCAAACCAACCACGCCCGUCCUCCCACGGUCAAAGACACAGAAGAUCUGGAAGAGGUGUGCCGAUUCUACGUCAUUAGGAGCGAGCAGCAUGCACGACAUGGAUACGUUUUCUAUAGAGAUUAACCUGGCCGCGACUCUGGCCGCGCUACGUGGCGUGAAAAGGUUGCGACUGGCGCAUACCCCAGAAUGCGAGCGUGGACGGUCGUUUUUGGAGACAAAAUGGGAAGCGCAAGCCGAAGACCGAAGACGGAAAUACGUUGCGCCAGCGGAUAGCGCGCAAACAACAGUAUCAGCCGACUUCCUGCCUCGAGAGAAGGGUGAAACUAAGACUGCGGAGAUGUCUGAUGAAGAGCAGGCUGGUUGUAGCAGCCCUUGCAAGGAACCGAGCGACAUUCCCCAACUCGAGGGGAAUUCACCAAAGGACAGAAAGAUGCCAGGAGAAGUUAUCCAGGAGAAACUCAGCACAGCCCGCGCAGAAAGCAGUGCAGAAGAAGGCGGGGAAGCAGAAGAAGAGACCUUUUUUGAUGCUGUAGCGGAACCUAUGGCUAUCGUGCCAAAGCAAGGAGACAUACCCUUCCAGGUCUCGCCAGUGCGGAAGAUAACUAUCCUGGACGGCGACGAUGCAGAGGUUAUUUCUGACUUCCUAUCGAAGGCACGGGCUAAGAGAGCUGCCAAUACACCGGUAAAGGGAGAUGUCAAUAUCGACAUUAUCCCCGAAUCGCCUACCCCUAGCGCACGACGCGUGCUGGAGGCCGUGGACGGGAACUCGCCUCGUUCGCACAGACGGCAUAUGUCUCCUGAAAAGCUCCAGCCUCCUGACUUCUAUUUUAACAGACGGUCACCUCGCGUUGUUUCCUCAAAGCCAGCGGACCAAAAGCCCAUUGAAGGCGUAUGGGAGGGGCCUGUUGUACCCAGCUCCCCCAUAGUUGAAGUGACGAUCGAGCAUGCCCGGCAUCCACCCAAGGUCCCCGACCAGAUCCCAACACGCCGCCGAAAGGGCACUGAGUUCGUCUUUAUGCAGCGUACGGACGACCAGCAGACGGCUCUUCUAACCAAGGCCAAUACAAGACUGAACAAGGGUAGCAAACCCCCUCACAAGCUACUGCCAAUUCUCAAUAAAGCGAUCGCAGCACUGGGGACAGAUCCAGAAGAUGACCAGCACCGACACCGGGACCUGUCGAAGAAACAGGUGAGGUGGAACGACGCCGCCUUGAUCCAGUACCUCGGGGAGAAGAAAGUCCCAGAGUUUGACUCGGAAGUUUACCAGAACUCGCACGCGAUUAUUGAGCGGAGUCUGCGUUCGUCCAGCAGACGGAACAAUACGAGCAGGAAUGAAGAGCACCCACUCGCAGUGACGGAAAAUUGCAAACAGGAGGAGGAUCUUCCGGCUCCAUUCCUCCCACCCAUGGUAAAGAUGCCCGGGCCAGCGACCCCAUACCGCUCCACUCCCGUGCCGAGAAAGAUGCGGAAGCUGGUGGGUGCAAAACACCUUGACGUUCAUCCAAACGAAGGAGAAAGCCCACCAGUCACCCGCAUCAAUUUGUCCGUGAAGACGGCCACAGCAGUGUUCCCGGGGACUCCGCUCCGACACAAGAAGACAUUCUCGUUGGCUCAGGGGGUUCCGCGAACCCUUUCACUAAAACCGACGAAAUCAACCACGUCAACAUCUUCAGCAUUGGCGAUGUCCGGAUCGGGGUCUGGAUCUGGCUUAGGAUCAGGCCUUAGCUACCCAACCGUGCUACUCAGGAAGCAAACGAGAUCAUAG